ACUGGACUGAGAUUGAAGUUGAAGAUUCUGACCUUUAUGAAUCUUUUCUGAUGAUGCAUGAUGUAGAAGAUACAAUAAUCAAAAGGACCCCCACGCAAAAUCAGAAACUAACGCCAUGCAUAGUUGUAGAUACUAACCAAGGCGAAAUAAAGCGUUGUGAUAGCACGACAAGCCUACGUCAAUUGGAGCAAAUGAUAGGAACAUGGGAGAUAGACGCAAAUGCAGUUGAAGAUGCUAAAGAUAAUGAUCAUCAUCUUGGAGUAUGUUAUUCUCAUUUCAUCCUUGACCAGAACAAGCUUCAUGACCAAGGCAUGAAACAAUCAUCCGUGGAGACUGUUGUGAGACGCAUUCAUGAAACAUCAAUGGACGCAACAUUCAAGUGCCAUGUGUCGAUGCUUUUGAUUGUUUCACGUUUACUGAGAGAUCCAUUGCACAAAAAUCAUUCACAAGUUCUCAUGCGCAUUACAUCUGCUCAGAAUGCUUCCAACAAGAGGCAUUGUGAUGAUACAAGUGAUGCUCUAAGGGAUAUCGGAAAAUGGUUAAUAUCAAUAGCAGAGUCAAGCAAUCUAAAUCUGCAAGAAGGACUCCUCGCACUGAUAACUCCAACACUAACCAUUCUUAACAAAGCAGACCAAAACUCACCAGAAAUCGAAACGACAAAUCUCCCAAGCAA